AAUACAUUAUAAAAGUCUAAACGUAGUUUUCGUUUAAUAUAUUAACUAAACCGUAUCAGAUCAAUAUGUCAAAUAUUGUAGCACCGGAAACUUCGCCCAAAUCCAUGAUCCAGUCCGUUACCGACAAUUAUUUCGAGGCUUUCGACGUGCUCCAGCAAAAUCGAGCGAAAACGUUGGAAUCUCGAGAUAUCAAGAGUCCACAGGCGCACUGCAGGCGAUAUAAAUCGACGCCUAAUGUGGCUCUGCAGAAGAACUCCGCAAGUGCAGAUGAACCCGAGACCGAGUGGCCGUUUACAACCGGAAUUAUGCGACGAUAUAAAUCGAUGCCUAAUAUGGCUCUGCAACGAUCUAACUCCGAAGACGAUGUACCCGAUAUCGAGUUACCUUCCAUCACAUCCAUGGUGGAGUUGCAAGUUUCGACAGAUUUAUCGUCCACCGAGUUGUCAGUAACGGCACCUGCCACUGCAGAAGUUGACGAGAUCGAGGCGCCGUCCAACAUCUCGUCAUCUUUGCCACAUGUUUGGCCGAUCGAAGCCGACGUGCUACAGUCAAGUCUGAUGUAUAACACGGCAGCAGUGCAGUUUGAUGGUGCCGAGUUUGAAAACUGUUCGACGAAACCAUCGGUCCAUCAGGCAAAUGGUAUCCGGGAUAUGGUGGUAACUCGCGGCGGCUGCAGUGACGCAGUCACGAACCCGACGGUAACCGCGGUAUUUCCCAGACACGAUGUACUCGAUAUCGAGUUACCUUCCGUUGCAUCCAUGGUGGAGUUGCAAGUUUCGACAGAUUUAUCGUCCACCGAGUUGUCAGUAACGGCACCUGCCACUGCAGAAGUUGACGAGAUCGAGGCGCCGUCCAACAUCUCGUCAUCUUUGCCACGUGUUCGGCCGAUCGAAGCCGACGUGCUGCAGUCUAGUCCGGCGUACAACACGGCAGCGCUGCAGUUUGACGGUGACGAGUCUAUAAAUUGUUCGGCGAAACCAUCGGUCCACCAGGCAAAUGGUAACCGGGAUAUGGUGGUAACCCGCGGCGGCUGCAGUGAUGCAGUCACGAACCCGACGGUAACCGCGGUAAUUCCCAAACGCCGCUCUCUGUGUAGCCGGACGAAGAGAUUCGUCCGGCGAAUGCUUUGUUGCGGCGCUGUAUCGGCAUAGACUGCAAUGUAUGUGCGUGUUUGUGCCGAGUUUGCCCCGCAUUUUUGUGUCCCCGGUUGAACUUGUUCGCCGGAAAAUCAGUUAAAAUCCUUUUACUUCCGCCAUUGUACGCGCGUUCAUUCUGAGUUCGCUCCGACGUUUGAACGUUUCCCCAAGUCACACGCACUAUACUGACUUUAGUUACCAUUGAAAUUGCACCGUUUGAGUCAUAGAUCUUCUGUGGAAAUGGUCGGUAAAUACUGCUGCCUUCCGCUCCUAUGUUUAAGAAAAUAAAUAAUUAUACCGAUCGAAAAUAAAU